GGCGCCUCCGACGGCUUCCGGGUUUGGGCCUGGCGCUGCGGUAGAGGCGGCGGCGGCAGCGGCGGCGGCAGAGUGGGACGCGGACGGUGGAGCGAAGGGACCGGCAUGGACGUUUCGGGGCAGGAGACCGACUGGCGGAGCACCGCCUUCCGGCAGAAGUUGGUUAGUCAAAUUGAGGAUGCCAUGCGGAAAGCUGGUGUGGCCCACAGUAAAUCCAGCAAGGAUAUGGAGAGCCAUGUGUUCCUGAAGGCCAAGACCCGGGACGAGUACCUUUCUCUCGUGGCCAGGCUCAUUAUCCAUUUUCGAGACAUUCAUAACAAAAAAUCUCAAGCUUCCGUCAGUGACCCUAUGAAUGCGCUACAGAGCCUGACUGGUGGGCCCACUGCGGGAGCAGCUGGAAUCGGCAUGCCUUCUCGGGGCCCAGGACAGUCUCUGGGCGGGAUGGGUGGCCUUGGCACCAUGGGGCAGCCAAUGCCCCUCUCAGGGCAGCCACCCCCUGGCACCUCGGGGAUGGCCCCCCACGGCAUGGCUGUUGUGUCUGCAGCAGCGCCACAGACCCAGCUGCAGCUCCAGCAGGUGGCGCUGCAGCAGCAGCAGCAGCAGUUCCAGCAGCAGCAGGUGGCGCUGCAGCAGCAGCAGCAACAGCAGCAGCAGCAGCAGCAGCAGUUCCAGGCCCAGCAGAAUGCCAUGCAGCAGCAGUUCCAGGCGGUGGUGCAGCAGCAGCAGCAGCAGCUCCAGCAGCAGCAGCAGCAGCAACACCUGAUUAAAUUGCAUCAUCAAAACCAGCAGCAGAUACAGCAGCAGCAGCAGCUACAGCGGAUGGCACAGCUGCAGCUGCAGCAGCAACAGCAGCAGCAGCAGCAACAGCAGGCUUUGCAGGCCCAGCCGCCGCUCCAGCAGCCACCCAUGCAGCAGCCCCAGCCUCCCCCCUCCCAGGCCCUGCCCCAGCAGCUGCAGCCCAUGCACCACCCGCAGCACCACCAGCCGCCACCGCAGCCCCAGCAGCCACCAGUCGCUCCGAACCAGCCAUCGCAGCUCCCGCCGCAGUCACAGACCCAGCCUCUGGUAUCCCAGGCUCCGGCCCUCCCUGGACAGAUGCUGUAUGCCCAGCCGCAGCUGAAACUCGUGCGAACUCCGAUGGUGGUGCAGCAGCCGCAGGUGCAGCCCCAGGUGCAGCAGGUGCAGCCGCAGGUGCAGCAGCAGCCGGCAGUACCGACUGCGCAGGCCUCCCAGAUUGUGGGCUCAGGAGUGCAGACCAGCCUUGGGGAGCAGCUGAGACGCUCUGCUCUGUGCUGCGUGGCCGUGGAGUGGGAUUCCCAGGUCAGCCAGAACAGCCUCACCAUGCUGUCCUCACCGUCGCCGGGCCAGCAGGUGCAGACCCCCCAGUCGAUGCCCCCUCCCCCCCAGCCGUCCCCGCAGCCUGGCCAGCCCAGCUCACAGCCCAACUCCAACGUCAGCUCCGGCCCUGCCCCUUCCCCCAGUAGCUUCCUGCCGAGCCCCUCACCACAGCCCUCCCAGAGUCCAGUGACGGCCCGCACCCCGCAGAACUUCAGCGUCCCUUCCCCGGGACCUUUAAACACCCCCGUGAAUCCCAGCUCGGUCAUGAGCCCAGCUGGCUCUAGCCAGGCCGAGGAGCAGCAGUACCUAGACAAGCUGAAGCAGCUGUCCAAGUACAUCGAGCCCCUGCGCCGUAUGAUCAACAAGAUCGAUAAGAACGAAGACAGAAAAAAGGACCUGAGUAAGAUGAAGAGUCUUCUGGACAUCCUGACAGACCCCUCUAAGCGGUGUCCCCUGAAAACACUGCAGAAGUGUGAGAUUGCCCUGGAGAAGCUCAAGAAUGACAUGGCAGUGCCCACGCCCCCACCACCUCCGGUGCCGCCAACCAAACAGCAGUACCUGUGCCAGCCGCUCCUUGAUGCUGUCCUGGCCAAUAUCCGCUCACCCGUCUUUAACCAUUCCCUGUACCGCACGUUCGUGCCGGCCAUGACAGCCAUCCACGGCCCACCCAUCACAGCCCCGGUCGUGUGUACCCGGAAGCGCAGGUUUGAAGACGAUGAGCGGCAGAGCAUCCCCAACGUGCUCCAGGGGGAGGUGGCCAGAUUAGACCCUAAGUUCUUGGUGAAUUUGGAUCCUUCCCACUGCAGUAACAAUGGCACCGUCCACCUGAUAUGCAAGUUGGAUGACAAGGAUCUCCCGAGUGUGCCACCGCUGGAGCUCAGUGUCCCUGCUGACUACCCCGCCCAGAGCCCGCUGUGGAUCGACCGGCAGUGGCAGUACGACGCCAACCCCUUCCUGCAGUCGGUGCACCGGUGCAUGACCUCAAGGCUGCUGCAGCUCCCUGACAAGCACUCGGUCACAGCCCUGCUCAACACCUGGGCGCAGAGCAUCCACCAGGCCUGCCUCUCAGCCGCCUAGCUCCCCAGCCACCAGGGACCACGGGGAGAGCCGGCAGCCCUGUCAGGGCCACAGAGGACAUGCACCUCGUGUCGGACAUUUCUAGGUGUUGGCUCCCUUAGAGAUCCUGGGCUUAGAUUAGCUUUCCUGCUUUUAUCUUCUACCUUGGGGACCUGCCAGACAUCCUCCCACACUUGUACAUGACUGGGGCAGGUGGCGUGGAGCUGGCUGCAUCAGUGGUGGGGGUUGGGACGUCCCCCAGGGAGUCGGACACACCACAGCCCUGUGCGCUCCUCCCUGGGCUGCUGUCCCUGGCCUCUCCAAGGCCCGUGUCCUUCCUCAGUAGCACGGGGGAGAACUCAGGGUCUCGUUAGAGCCUCUUGUGUGUGUACCAGAAAACACUUCCUGUUUCUGUAGGGGAACACAGAGGGCGAGCAUAGGAAACCCUGAAAACACACACACAAUUCUCUGGCACGGUUCAGACCCUGCCACCAUUGGCAUGUGGGGCAAGCCACAGGGAAUCUCCUGGAUCCAAGGGCACUGGCCGCGUCUCAGAGGGAAGGUCGGCCUGCGGGCAGUUGCAAGUCCCCUGCCAUCGCCCAGGCCUCAUAACUCAUGGCAAUCUCCCUUAAGGCCAUGGGGGUCUGCUCAGCACUGUGGGGGUGCCUGGGGAGAAGGGGCACCUGGGUGGAUCCUGUCCCUGGCACCGUGCCCACUCCUGGGUCAGGGCGGUGUCCUCGGGACCUGACGUCCUCAGAGCCACUCCAGAGAGGGAAGGCUCCCUGACGGCGUCAGCGCACCGGCCCUCUGGUGAUGAGAGGUUUCCCUUUUCUAUGUGCACUACCGUGUCAUCUGUGGUUCUUACAAUAAAUUUAUUAUUCCUGUGUU